AUGCCCCCCUUGCUCGAGUACCCUACUUUCCCUCUUUUCCUCCUGAUCGAGGCUUUGCCGGAGACGUCCUCCCCCGCAGUGACCGACCCCGCUGCUCCGGACGGAGGCAGCUCCGUCGCCCCCGGUUGCUGGCUGCUGGCUGCUGGUUUGCAUCUCAACCCUGCGCGUGAGUUUAUCGCGUCCCGCUACACCACUUUGGUUUCAUGUUCUUGCCUCUCUCGCUGGACGAGAGGACAAUUUGGAAAAGCCGUCAAGCGCCUCCUCCCUUGGUCCCUGCAGAGCCAAACAUAUCUCUUUUCUGCCCGAGUAUAUCGCUUUCCACAAAAACUACUGCAUCAAACUUCAUACACCCCUUUCCUAUCACCCAUGAUUCAGGUAUCGCACGACAAAGAAUCGCUUGAGAAGCCUGUCAAGUGGAGAUAUACUCGAGCGCUUGAAGCGAGAAGGUCCACAACCACCAACCAUAUGCUCCACCAUCUAGGACAAACCUAUCAUCGGUUUACCCUUGAAUUGUGUAGUAAUACGACAGGCCGGGAACGUGUUCCGGAGUUCAAAGGGCGGAUGCAAGAGGAGAACACCCGCCGUCCCGGAGAGCGGAUAAGCGAGCAUUUUUUGUGUUUCUCCACUACCGCAAGAGCACAAACGGUAACUUAGGGGUACUGUACGAAUACUGGUACCUGUACGUACUCAAGGAUCUGGCCCCAAGGUUAGAAGGGGGGGUGUCGGCUGCUUAUGCAGCUAUCGCCGGAUUCUAUUUCAAGUAAAUCUGGUGUCGUACCGCAUUUUCUCUCGGGAAGAGCCUUUUCUCCUACAGGCUCCUACCUUCUACCAGCAAUUGCAUGUUAAGAAAAGAAAAGAAAGCACAAAACAAUCGACCUGCUUUUCUAUCCACAAGGCUAAAUUGCAUUGUAUGAGACAAUUACUGUGGUUCAUUUAUUGGGUUUAAUGCGAAGUUCGUUCUGUCGCCUAGAAUGCCGUCGUUGUUGACUACUGGGGGAUUGGCGGUGCGGGACAAUUUUUCCGACCGUCCUGAUUCCCAUGUCUGGGACGGAACAUUCGCCCCUUCCUUAACACCCAACGCGCGUGGAAGGCUGCCACUCAGCGAUCUGCAUGCCUCAGCCUUCUCAAGUUUCAUAUCAUACUCGAAUAGUUUCUUGCUGGGCGAUCAGGUUUCCGGGAUCAUAUAAGCACAAUCCGAAUCAUACUCGAGUACUCCAGGAGACUAAAAACGACAAACAGUAGGUCGGCCAGUCUUGCAUCUCAGCCCAACCUGUCAGCUCUUCCCAAAGCCCAA